AGGCUUGAGCUAGAGGUAAACAGACGUUUGAGAAGCCUCCUGCAGGGCAAGUGCGGGAGAGUAAGCUUACAGAAAGUGGGUCCUUCUGACAUUUUACAAACCCUACCCUACUCUCCCCCAGCAACCUCCACGCUCUACUGAAAUAGAACCUCCCAGAACUUCAGGCUCAAACGACCUUCUAGUAGCGAAGCUCUUUUACCCACUACAUUGUGCUCCUCUCAACAUUCGAAAAAGGCUUCUGUCACUCAGUGACGGGCGGAAACCCAUUUACGACCGUGGAAUUCACAAAGGCAGAGCCGACGGAGUCAGGCCGAACCUCCCGCCGCCCCUCCGUGGGCCAGGCGGAGGCGGCCGCCUUCAGCCGCACUUGUAGCAGUCGCGGCCAUUUUGGCUGUGGGCUCGAGGACAAAAGCCACCUGGAGACCCCGGGGGAGGCGUCAUCUGGGCACGGUGGCGUAGGAGCAACGUUCGCGCGGCGCGUUGCCGCCAUUUCUUUCUGAUGGUCUGUGUCCCUUCGGCCGGCAGCUCCUGGUCGUCGGCCAGCGGAGUGGGCCCUCGAGGGGCCGGCUGCUGCGCUCCCGGCCUUCUAGCCCGGAAGCUUCUAGCGCGGGAAGCUCCCCGGCCCCUGGCACUUGCCAUGGCGCCGCCUCCGACCCCGCUCCCCGCGUGGGAACCAGACGCGGCCGGGCGCGAGCGGAGGAGGCCUGGCACCGUGAGCUUCGCGGACGUGGCCGUGUACUUCUCCCCGGAGGAGUGGGGGUGUCUGCGGCCCGCGCAGAGGGCCCUGUACCGGGACGUGAUGCGGGAGACCUACGGCCACCUGGGCGCGCUCGGGUUCCGAGGCACCAAGCCAGCCCUCAUCUGCUGGGUGGAGGAAGAGGCCGACCUGUGGGGCCCGGAGGCCAGGGAUCCGGAGGUGGGAGCGUGUCUGACAGAAGCAGACACAGAUUCCAGAAACAAGGAAGAGAAAGGACAAAGAGAAGGGACUGAGGCACUGGAGAAGAUCCUUUGUGUGGAAGCUCGAUCUACUCUGAAGCACCCUUCUGCUGGGCUCCCUUAUGGCCUGGAACAGCCGUCCAAGGCCCCUCGCCGGGGCCGGCCCCCACUCUGUGCCCACCCCCCCGUCCCAAGAGCAGACCAGCGUCAUGGUUGCUACAUGUGUGGGAAGAGUUUUGCCUGGCGCUCCACCCUGGUGGAGCACCUGUACACCCACACGGGUGAGAGGCCCUUCUGCUGCGCCGACUGUGGCAAGGGCUUUAGCCAGGCCUCCUCUCUGAGCAAGCAUCGGGCCAUCCACCGUGGGGAGCGGCCCCACCGCUGCCUGCAUUGUGGCCGCGCCUUCACCCAGCGCUCUGCCCUCACCACUCACCUUCGGGUCCACACAGGCGAGAAGCCCUACGGCUGUGCCGACUGCGGCCGCCGCUUUAGCCAGAGCUCUGCCCUCUACCAGCACCAGCGGGUCCACAGUGGCGAGACUCCCUUCCCCUGCCUGGACUGUGGCCGCGCCUUUGCCCACGCGUCAGACCUUCGGCGCCACGUGCGCACCCAUACGGGCGAGAAGCCCUACCCAUGCCCAGACUGUGGGCGCUGCUUCCGACAGAGCUCCGAAAUGGCAGCCCAUCGGCGUACCCACAGCGGCGAACGCCCCUACCCUUGCCCUCAGUGUGGCAGGUGCUUUGGCCAGAAGUCAGCCAUGGCCAAGCACCAGUGGGUCCAUAGGCCUGGUGCUGGGGGGCACAGGGGCCAGAGUGCCGGUGGGUUGCCUGUGCCCUUGCCCCCUGGCCAAGAUGACCUGGAUCCACCUGUGAGCUUCCAGCACUACCCAGAAAUAUUCCAGGAGUGUGGGUGAUGGUGAUGGACUCAAAGACAGCAAGGCAAAGGGUGAAGAGGUAGACAUUGUCUGAGGCCCAGGCUUGGCUCAGGGGUCUGAGCCUCUGUGGCAACUCCAGGCAGGUCCCAGAAUUCUGAGCAAGAGGUGGUCCUGGGCGAUUGAGGACCCUCUUAUCUAAGGCCUUCACAAACUUGAUCUCCUGACACCUUGCUCCCUACUGCCCCAGACUCUAGAAUCUCCCUUUGCUGAGUUAGGGCUGAGGUAAGCGCUUCCACAAGACAUCCGUGGUGGGGGAAGAAAAGGCCGUUACUCAGCUUAGACAUGUUAAGAGGUAGAAGAGAACUUUGCUUUAUCCAUUGUCUUUUUACUGCGGGAGUUCAAAACUGAUGGCCACGUACUGAAUCUGGCUUGCAGCAACAUUUUAAAAAUCAUUUUUGGCCCAACCAACAUUUUAAAGUGUUAACAAAUUAUUGGUUAAGAUUUAAAAGGAUAUUUCACACAAAAAUUCAGGUUUCUGGCCUCAUUUGAAAAAUCCAAGGAUUUGGCAACUUGACCAGAGCUCUCGCAAAACCGCACCUGGCAGGGGCCGGGGGACAACUGUCCAGGCCCCUGUCACUGACACUCCAUGUCAGCCCCUGAUUGGCAUCAGCUGGCCCUUGUCAUUGCUUGUCCAUGUCUCUGGGUAAAGCAGGCCCUCUCCAUCUGGCGUUUCCCUCUCAUUUUACAUGACCUUUUGGGUUCCUCUAGUCAUUUGAGUUUGCAAACUGGUUUAUAGCAUUCAUGUUCUCCUGAAUCGAGAAUUCAGGUAGAAAGCACAUAUGUGAAAGGCUGGCGGGAGAGAAGUAAAAGCAGGCUUUAUUUCAGAUGUUUGCUAUAUCACAGUCUCUGAUUUACAAAGUACUGUCUUGUCCAUCAACUCAUUUUCCUCCCUCCAUAUGAGGGAGGAACCAUCUUGUUUGGAAAGGACAGUCCUGUCAGGAAGAGACUGUCAGGACUAUAUAUUGUGCCCCAAACCGAGUGGUAUCUCUGUCAGGCUCCAGUAGGACUCUCAGCUGACCGGCAGUUCCUGUUUUGGAAGAGGAAGGCUCUGAGUGUCCCCUCCAGUCUUUCUUGGGCCACCCUGGGAGAGCACUGUUGCUCAGGCUUCAGCCACUCUCAACCCCGCGAGGAGGGCCUCAUCAUCUUUUUGAACUGGAAGAGAUCUUGGCUUUUCCAUCCUUUUUUAUUUGGGGGCUCUGAGUGAGCCUGGGGGAGGCCAAACAACCUGGCCAAGGUCACCUAUAGAGUGGUACUCCAGGGUUCUUGGUUUACGGCCAUCUUGACCAUACCACUCCUGAGGUCCUUGCCAGUGUCUCAGCCAGGGUUCUGGAGGCAUCUGCUCCCUCCUAUAAUGCCCCCCAAGCAAUGACCUGGACUAGGUACACAGCAGCCCACUAUCGGUGAAGGCCAGGUACGAGAUGACCAACAAAACACGUAGCAAAGCAAGACAAGGGAGAAACUAGCCCAAGAUGAGAGUUCCCCGGCAAGCCCAAGCAAAGCUUGCUUCUUUUGGAGUGCCAGCCAUCAUGAACAAAGAGGGGUCAGGCCAGGGACGUUUGGAGUUAGUAGCCAAGGGAACUGGGCUCAUAUUUAUUCCCAAGCUGUAUCACCUGUGACCAUUUUCCAUCUACCACCAGUUCCUCUGUGGUCAAGUCCAGCCUUGUCCAGGUGGUGAAGCAGCCAGCCAGGAGUGGGCCCUGUUCCUGCCUCUGGCCAGGAUGACCCUUCACCUUCACCCCAAAGACUAAUCGCAGGGCUUUAGGUCUUCUGAGAGCUUGUAUGCAUUUGCCUUCUUCACCUAACUCAGCCCCAGUCAUGUCUAGCCUACCUUAGGAAGAAACCAGAUUUGUUGUAAAGGAAGAGGUAGAAAAUUUGGGGGAAAGACACUGUUCAGGUGAAUGUAAUCAACCGGCCUGAUUCCAACUUAAUCUUCAAAUUGUAUUCCACCAAGACCUGACUUCCCCUAAAUUUCACUGGGUGGAUUGGCUCAUGUGCCACUUUGUCACAAGGGGGACGGGAAGUGAGAAAGAGCACCUUGGCAACAGGAGCUAUAUUUAUAUCAGCUUUUAAUUCCCUAGGGAAGCCAGUGUCCAGCCCUUCCCUUGCCUAACCCUCAGCACUGCCCGGGGAAAGCCCAGCCUGCAACACCAGUUGUCAGCUCAGAUUCAAAGUCAGAUCUGGACCCUGCCUGCAGCUUGCCAAUUAAAGGUACCAUAAUUACUACCUACUUUCUCUGAGUGCUUUGAAGUUUGCAAGGCUUGCUUAGGGCCCCAACACCAGACCUAGUCCCUCUGCUUCCUGCCCUUGUGACCCAACUUUCCACAAUUUAAUCAAUUUUUGAGUGUAAUGAAAUAUGGCUCAGCUUCA